AUGUCUCAGGGCUGGGGCUGGGGCAGCCUGUUUGGCGGGAACGCAGCGAAGAGCAAGGAUGCACCCAAGAACGCCAUACUGGGGUUGCGAGGCACGCUGGAUAUGUUGUCGAAGCGAGAGAAGCAUCUACAGAACCAGAUGGAUGAGCAAGAUGCGAUAGCGAGGAAGAAUGUGAAUUCCAACAAGGGCGUGGCCAAAGCAGCGCUCCGACGGAAGAAAAACUACGAACACCAACUCGAACAGACGUCCGCCCAAAUGCUCACCGUCGAGCGGGAAAUCUCCUCCAUCGAAACAGCCAACAUCAACAAGGAAACCCUCGACGCCAUGAAACACGCCCAGCAAGCCAUGAAGAACAUCCACGGCGGCCUGACCAUCGACAAAGUGGACCAGACGAUGGAGGAUUUGCGGGAAGAACACGCGAUCGCGGAGGAGAUUGCCGAGGCGUUGACCCAAGGGAGUAUUGGACAAGGGGUGGAUGAGGAUGAGUUGGAUGAGGAGUUGGCGGAGCUGCAGCAGGAGGAGUUGGAUAAUAAAAUGUUGAAGACCGGGUCGGUGCCGGUGUCGGAUCAGAUUCAGAGGAUGCCGGCGGUCAAUACUGGGGCUGUAUCGAGUCGACAGCAGAGAGUGGAAGAGGAUGAUGAGGAAGAGGAGUUGCGGAAGUUACAAGCUGAGAUGGCGAUGUGA